UUGUCAGUAUUGUUUUGUAUUUGUGCAAUGAUUAUUCUAAUAUUUCAAAAGUUGAUUAAACGAUUGAGCUAGUGCAUAGUGAAGUGUUAAAUAUCUAAUAUAAGUGAGGAUUGUUUACAACUACCCUAAAUACACAGAACGACAGGAUCGAGUACGCCCGCCAAGUCACCUCUCGGAGGCGACUCAAAAGGUGUCAAUUCAAAUUCGUCGGUGCAAGGUGCCUGCGCGAGUGCCAGCGGAGGCAGCGCCAACAAUGGCGGCGCAAUGGGGCCAAAUUCAGGAGGUCAUCAGGCUGCAAAUCAGAGCGGAAAGCCAGGACAAGCUAAUGCAAAAGGAGAACAUCCCUCGAUGGCCUUUCUGCAAAACAGAAGCGUGUCGCUUGUGGACAUGUAUAUAGAUAACAGCGAACCGUCGGAGAAUGUCGGCCAAAUACAUUUCUCGCUCGAAUACGACUUCCAAAACACAACGCUGGUAUUGAGAAUAUUGCAGGGCAAAGAGCUACCUGCAAAAGAUCUUUCCGGUACGUCGGACCCGUACGUCAGAGUCACUCUAUUGCCUGACAAAAAACACAGGCUGGAAACUAAAAUAAAACGUCGGACGCUCAACCCUAGAUGGAACGAAACUUUCUACUUUGAAGGUUUUCCGAUACAGAAGUUGCAGUCUAGGGUUCUGCAUUUACACGUUUUUGAUUACGACAGAUUCUCGAGAGAUGAUUCCAUAGGAGAAGUAUUCUUGCCUUUGUGCCAGGUGGAUUUCAGUGAAAAACCGUCGUUUUGGAAGGCGCUUAAGCCUCCCGCAAAAGAUAAAUGUGGUGAAUUACUUUGUUCUCUGUGCUAUCAUCCCAGUAACAGCAUACUGACGUUGGGUCUACUCAAAGCGCGAAACCUGAAAGCCAAGGAUAUUAAUGGCAAAUCAGAUCCGUACGUAAAAGUAUGGCUGCAGUUCUCCGACAAACGCGUCGAGAAACGUAAAACAGCUAUCUUCAAAUGCACCCUUAAUCCAGUGUUCAACGAUUCGUUCAGCUUCAACGUGCCGUGGGAGAAGAUUCGCGAAUGCUCCCUCGAUGUCAUGGUCAUGGACUUCGACAAUAUUGGACGGAACGAACUGAUAGGGAGGAUAUUGUUAGCAGGUAAAAAUGGCUCAGGGGCAUCUGAAACGAAACAUUGGCAAGACAUGAUCACGAAACCUCGACAAACCAUCGUUCAAUGGCACAGGUUAAAGCCCGAAUAAGUUAAGAUUACUUUAAAAAUACGAAAUCACAUAUGUAUGUUCGAGGGUCAGCACGAAUUUAUAUUUUUGAGAAAUUUUGGAGACAAUACUGAAGCAGUUAGGAAGAUUGGAUGAAACCUAGAUAUCUGCUUUUGUUUUAUAGAAUGGAUUCAAGUAGGCCAAAGAAAGCUAUUUUAGGAAAUUUUGAAGAUUGAUUUCAGAAAUAUUGGAUUGCCAAACCUACAUAUAGGGCAAAAGAUUAAUACAUGAUUUUACCUAGGUAAUACAAACCGUAAGAAAUCAAUAUUGCACC